ACCAACACAAAGACCGGCUUUUCUGUAAAGGACAUCUUGGACUUGCCUGACACCAAUGACGAAGACGGAUCCAUCGUGGAAGGGGGGGAGGAAGAGACGGAGGGUUCGGAGUCCCCCCAAAAGCCCGGCGUUUUGGGGACAACCGCAUUGGACGCUGUUCAGACGCUGCCUCUGAAGAACCCCUUUUAUGACAACACUGAUAAUCCCUACACGCGUUGGCUCGCCACCACUGAGAGCAUCCAGUAUUCUUUGCACGGCUUGACAUCCAGCAACUCCCAGCAGGACUCGGCGUCCAAAUCUCCGGAGCCUUCCGCGGACGAGUCUCCAGACAACGACAAGGAACCUUCGAGCAACGGCGACUCGGGGAAGAAGCGGAAAAGGCGGGUGCUUUUUUCCAAAGCGCAGACUUACGAGCUGGAGAGGCGCUUUAGGCAGCAGCGGUACCUCUCGGCGCCCGAGAGGGAGCACCUGGCCAGCCUCAUCCGCCUCACCCCGACGCAGGUGAAGAUCUGGUUCCAGAACCACCGCUACAAGAUGAAGCGGGCCCGGGCCGAAAAAGGUAUGGAAGUGACUCCUCUCCCCUCCCCGCGCCGGGUGGCCGUGCCGGUUUUAGUCAGGGACGGCAAGCCGUGCCACACGCUCAAAGCCCAGGACUUGGCUGCCGCCACCUUCCAGGCGGGCAUCCCCUUCUCAGCCUACAGCGCCCAGUCGCUCCAGCAUAUGCAGUACAAUGCCCAGUACAGCUCGGCCAGCACCCCCCAGUACCCCUCAGCGCACCACUUGGUACAAGCCCAGCAGUGGACUUGGUGAACGCUCGGGAGGCCCAGGACUCGCAGGAGGAACGAGGGCCGGUCCGACUUUGGGGUGGGCGGGUGGAGGGCCAGGACUGAGGUCGGAGGCUGGAACGGGGAGGGGGCUCGCUUCUUCCUUCUUUGGGGCGGGGGUCAGUUUCCAUUCUUGGGGGUGUUUUGUGCGCCAUGUUUACAAGAAGAAAAUGCGACGUUGCUAGUGGUCUUGUCUACCUACAACGACAAAUUUUAAAUAAUUAUAAUAAGAAUAAAAAGAAUAAAAACGUAAUGCUCUCGUGAUUUUUGUAAAGCAUGCUUUGUGCGAUACUGAAGCUG